CUGGGAAACGUCGACCUGCAGUGUGGGCUGCGGCUGCGGGGAGCGCAGCUGGCGUACCAGACCUACGGCGAAUUGAACGCGCGCAAAGAUAACGUGAUCGUGUUCCCGACUUUCUUCGGUUCGCAGCACCCGGCCAACGAGCCGAUGAUCGGCCCCGGGAUGGCGCUGGACCCGACUCGGUACUUCAUCAUCAUUCCCAACCUGUUCGGCAACGGGUUGUCGUCGUCGCCCAGCAACACGCCGGAACCCUACGGCCGGGCGCGGUUCCCUAGGGUCACCUACUACGACAACAUCGGGUUCCAGCACCGGCUGGUCACCGAGCAGUUCGGCGUCGAGCGGAUCGCGCUGGUGUGCGGGUUCUCCAUGGGAGCGCAGCAGACCUUCCACUGGGGCGCGCUGUAUCCCGACAUGGUGGAGCGGAUCGCGCCGUGGUGCGGCUCGGCGAAGACGGCGCGGCACAACUUCGUCUUCCUGGAGGGCGUGAAGUCUGCCCUGUGUGCCGACGACGCGUGGCAGGGCGGCUGGUACGACAGCCCGCCAGCCAAGGGGCUGCGCGCGAUGUCGAGGGUGUACGCCGGCUGGGCGCCGUCGCAGGCGUUCUACCGGGAGAAGGUGUACCUAGACCUGGGGUUCUCGUCGCUGGAGGACUACCUGAUCACGGCGUGGGAAGGGCGAUACCUGCAGCAGGACGCCAACAACAUCCUCGCCAUGGUUGCCACAUGGCAGGCGGGGGACAUCAGCGACAACCCCUUGUACGGCGGGGACUUCGCCAAGGCAUUGGGGUCGAUCAAGGCCAGGGCCUUCGUGAUGCCGUCCCGCACGGACCAGUACUUCCCGCCAGAGGACAACGAGAUCGAGGUGUCGAUGAUGCCCAACGCGGACCUGCGGGUCAUCGAGACGAUCUGGGGCCAUACCGGCGGCGGGCCGGGCCGAAACCCGGCGGACACUGCGUUCAUCGACGCCCAGCUGAAGGAACUGCUGGCGAGCUGA